AUGCCUGCAGCUAUAGCCCCAACAGCAGCAGCGGCAACAACAACAACCACAGCUGCGGCGGCAACUAUUUUGGCUGUACAGCCGUACAAUGCAAUGCAUCAGCAUCAACAACAGCAACAACAGCAACAUCAGCAGCAGCAGCAUCAUACGCACUAUCAGCAAUGCGGUUUGCAGCAACAGUCGCAGCAACAACACUACCUAAUACAACAACAACAAACAACGGCGUCACUGCAACAGCAGCAGCACCACCAGCAUAAUCAUAGUCAGCUGCCGCAGCAGCAGCAACAACAACAACAAUAUUGGACUUUUCAGCAGGUAACAAACAACGAUUACUCUCCACAGCAUCAACAACAGCAACAACAACAACAAACUCACUUAGUUGACUUGUAUAAGGAAUGA